UUUGUGAGUUAGCUUAAUUUAAUUUUCAUCUAUCUUUCUCUUAUCUCUCUAUCUCUGUCUCUCACCGAAUAACUUAUUUUUAGCUCAAAUUUCUCUUUUUAUCAAAAAUGUCAUCUCCAAGCAAACGCAGAGAAAUGGACUUAAUGAAGUUGAUGAUGAGUGAUUACAAAGUGGAGAUGAUCAAUGAUGGGAUGCAAGAGUUUUAUGUGCAUUUUCAUGGACCUGCUGACAGUCCGUACCAUGGCGGUGUAUGGAAGUUAAGGGUUGAGCUUCCAGAUGCUUAUCCUUACAAAUCGCCAUCCAUUGGCUUCGUUAACAAAAUCUACCAUCCAAAUGUAGAUGAAAUGUCUGGUUCAGUUUGCUUGGAUGUGAUUAAUCAGACGUGGAGCCCCAUGUUCGACUUGGUGAACGUGUUUGAAGUGUUCCUUCCACAACUUUUGCUGUACCCAAAUGCUUCGGAUCCAUUAAACGGAGAGGCUGCAGCUCUUUUGAUGCGUGAUAAGGUUUCUUAUGAACAACGAGUGAAAGAGUACUGUGAAAAAUAUGCCAAAGCAGAAGAUGUUGGUGCUCUUCCAGAGGAGAAAUCGAGUGACGAGGAACUAAGUGAAGAUGAGUAUGACUCUGGAGACGAUGACAUGGCAGCAGGCCCCGUGGACCCUUAGUCUACUCAAAUGACUGUUUUAGCUUCUAUUCUCAGUGUUUGUACAUUAUGUAUUAGCUGUUAAAAUUGUGGUGUUAACUUUGUAUUAAGAAAGACCAUUUAUAUGGGAAGGGAUGAAAAAAGAAUAAUCCUAAUCCCACUGUUAAUUUCAUCUGUUGUAAAUAAACCGAUUUGGUUCUGUUUGUGUAAGUUGUUUGUAAUUUGCUUUA